UCCAGGCAGGACGUGGGCUCGCCCAAGAGCAAACAGAACCUUGCAGCGUUGCGGGGCUUCCAGGAUCUGCCCACGACUUCACUCUCCCAGGGUAGGAGACCACCAUUUCCCACAGCCCUGCUUUAAUUUCAGCAAGGCCUAAACCAAAGAAGCCAAAAGGCUCUUCCCCCACAUCCCCUCCCGUCAGCACUGAGAUGGUGAGGGGGGAGAACUGGCCUUCUCCAGAGCAUGGCCAGGGAAUGGGCUACCUGGAUUGAUGAGGGAGCUGAAAGCAACAGUUUGGAGCCUGCAGGGUUGACAGAUCAGUGCCUCUUCUGCUGACUGCCCUUCCCCCCCCGCAUUUUCUUUGUUGGCGACUCCGGAUACAAACAAAAUCUUCCUCCCUUUCCAUUAACAGCUGGAUGAGAAUCAGAGACUUGCAGGGUGCAUGGAAUGGCCGGCCAAUGCUAUUUAUUCCUCUGCCCCCACAUGGAGGGGGGAGCAGGUGUGAUUUGGGGACCUGAGACCCUAGUGCAUUGAGGAAUAUCAUCCUGGGGUUCAAUUUGCAAAUGGUUGCUGGGGACGGACGGUCCUGAGAAGACCAAAGCAGAAAAAAUUGGGGAGGAAAAGGGGGAGAGACACCUCAGAUUCUGGCCUCUGUACUGAGGAGGCAGUGAGACAUUUAUAUGUCUUUUUGUAUUCUUAAAGCUGUUUUGACUGCAGCCUCCGAGAGCGUGGGGACUGGGGAGCGGCUGGAGGGAGCUGGGUAGUUGGAGUUGCUAGUUGCAGCUCGUGAUUCUGUUUGGCAUGCAGCCAAUUGUUUUUUAAAUUUAAUUUUACUUUUGGUGACAUUUGAAAGGGGCGUGAGUGGGAAGGGUCAGGGUGUUACAGAGCACCCAGCUGAAGGCUUCAGCACAGGGGGAGGCAGUGGACGUGCCCUGUUGGCUACUGGCACGCUCCCCCAUUUGGAGCCUGGGUUUCCGACUGGAACGUCUGGGUUGGGGAGGAUUUGGGUCUGAAGGGGAGAACUGAGAUGCCAUUGCUGAUGCCUCUUUGCCCUCACCUGUUGGUUGCCCUGAUAUAAAUGGGAGCUGGAGCUCCUUUGGAGUAACCGUCGGCUGCAGACGGUGCCAGUUCUCCAAGGGUUGGUUGGGAAAAGUGGGCAGGCAGAAUGCCCGGGAACAGGGCCUUCUCUGAGCCGGAGUACUCGGCUGAAUACUCGGCUGACUACUCGGUUAGCCUACCCUCCGACCCCGAACGUGGGGUGGGCCGGACCCAUGAGGUGACUGUGAGAAACUCAGGCUCAUGCCUCUGCCUGCCGCGUUUCAUGCGACUCACCUUUGCCCCUGAGUCCCUGGAGAACCUCUACCAGACUUACUUCCGCCGGCAGCGCCACGAGACCCUGUUGGUGUUGGUGGUCUUCGCUGCCCUCUUCGACUGCUAUGUCAUCGUCAUGUGUGCCGUGGUCUACAACACAGACAAGCUGGCCCCCAUCCUAGUGGCCUCAGUGGGUCUGGCCGCCGAUAUCUUGCUCUUCGUCCUAUGCAAGUACGGGCUCCUGCCAGACCGCGUCUCCCGCAAGUUCAUGCCCUAUGUUCUCUGGAUUCUCAUCGCUGCCCAGAUAUUCUGCUACCUGGGCCUCAACUUUUCCCACUUCCACGAGGCCAGUGACACGGUAGGCUGGCAGGCCUUCUUCGUCUUCUCCUUCUUCAUCACCUUGCCCCUGCGCCUCACGCCCAUCGUGCUCAUCACGGCCGUCUUCUGCGGCAUCCACACCCUGGUGCUGGGGGUCACCAUCGCUCAACAGCAGCAGGACUCCAUCAAUGGAGAGGCCUUGCUACGGCAGAUCCUGUCCAAUGUCGCCAUCUACCUGUGCACCAUCACUGUGGGCAUCAUGUCCUACUACAUGGCAGAUCGCAAGCACCGCAAGGCCUUCCUGGAAGCACGGCAGUCUCUCGAGGUCAAACUCAACCUGGAGGAACAAAGCCAGCAGCAGGAACGGCUGAUGCUUUCCAUCCUGCCCAAGCACGUGGCAGAUGAGAUGCUAAAGGACAUGAAGAAGGACCCGAGCCAGAAAGAGAUGCAGCAGUUUAACACCAUGUACAUGUACCGCCAUGAGAAUGUCAGCAUCCUCUUUGCUGACAUAGUUGGCUUCACCCAGUUGUCGUCCUCCUGCAGCGCCCAUGAGCUGGUGAAGCUGCUGAACGAGCUCUUUGCCCGCUUCGACAAGCUGGCAGCGAAACACCACCAGCUGCGCAUCAAGAUCCUCGGAGACUGCUAUUACUGUAUCUGUGGGCUGCCGGACUACCGCGAGGACCAUGCCGUCUGCUCCAUCAUGAUGGGACUGGCCAUGGUGGAAGCCAUAUCCUACGUGCGAGAGAAGACCAAAACGGAUGUGGACAUGCGGGUGGGGGUCCACAGCGGUGCGGUGCUGGGUGGUGUGCUGGGCCAGAAGCGCUGGCAAUACGAUGUCUGGUCCACAGACGUCACGGUGGCUAACAAGAUGGAGGCCGGCGGCAUCCCAGGGCGUGUGCACAUCUCCCAGAGCACCAUGGACUGCUUGAAAGGGGAGUUUGAGGUGGAGCCCGGUGAGGGGGGGACACGGUGCGAGUACCUGAAGGAGAAGGGGAUCAUCACGUACCUCAUCGUGGUGCCCAAGCAGCCCCUCAAGAAUGGGAUCAAUGGAGUGAAGCUGUCCCUGACGUCCUCCCAUGGGAACUCCCCGCUGCUGAUCAACACCAAGGAGUGUAACGGCAGCAUCAACACCACCUGCACCACGCCCGACGAGGCCGAGGAGCUGGACACCAGGGUGGUGAACCCCUCCUUCCCCAAUCCCCGCCGGCGCCUGCGCCUGCGCGACCUGGCCGAGAGAGUUGUCGACGCCUCGCAGAACGAGCAGGAGCUCAACAACCUGCUCAACGAAGCCCUGCUGGAGAGGGAGUCUGUGCAGGCGCUGAAGGGGAAAUACACCUACCGCCUCUCCAUGCGCUUCAUCAACCCGGAGAUGGAGACGCGCUACUCCGUGGAGAAGGAGAAGCAGAGCGGGGCCGCCUUCAGCUGCUCCUGCGUGGUGCUCUUCUUCACCGCCCUGGUGGAGAUCUUAAUCGAUCCCUGGCUGGUGGCCAAUUAUGUGACGUUUGUAAUUGGAGAAAUCCUGCUGCUCAUCCUGACUCUCUGCUCUCUGGCAGCCAUUUUCCCCAGGGUAUUUCCCAAAAAACUCGUAGCCUUUUCCACUUGGAUCGACAGGACCCGGUGGGCCCGGAACACAUGGGCCAUGUCGGCCAUCUUUAUCCUUACCAUGGCCGACAUCGUGGAUAUGCUCAGCUGCCUGCAGUUCUACUCCGGCACCAGCAACAGCACCGCAGGGACCCUGCUGGCGGGGGGCUGCGUGGAGGACCCCAAGUAUUACAGCUUCAUUGCCGUGCUGGCCCUCAUCGCCACUAUCAUGCUGGUGCAGGUCAGCCACAUGGUCAAGCUCACCCUGAUGGUCAUGAUCACCGGGGCAGUGGGCGUGGUCAACAUCUAUGCCUGGCAGCAGAUCUUCGACGAGUAUGAUCAGGAACGCUUCAAAGAGAACGUGUCCGCCCUGGUUCCCUCCAAGUACUCCAUGACAGUGAUGGUCUUCAUCAUGAUGCUCAGCUUCUACUACUUCUCUCGCCACGUGGAAAAGCUGGCCAGGACGUUGUUCCUGUGGAAGAUCGAUGUCCAUGACCAGAAGGAGCGGGUGUACGAGAUGAGGCGCUGGAACGAGGCUCUGGUCACCAAUAUGUUGCCGGAGCACGUGGCCCGGCAUUUCCUGGGCUCUAAGAAACGGGACGAGGAGCUGUACAGCCAGUCGUACGACGAAAUUGGGGUCAUGUUUGCCUCCCUCCCAAACUUCGCUGACUUCUACACGGAGGAGAGUAUCAACAACGGCGGGAUCGAGUGCCUGCGCUUCCUCAACGAGAUCAUCUCGGACUUUGACGCGCUCCUGGACGAUCCCCAAUUCCGGUGCAUCACCAAGAUUAAAACUAUUGGAAGCACCUACAUGGCUGCUUCUGGCGUGACCCCCGAUGUCAAUACCAAUGGCUACAAUAGCACCAUAAAGAAAGAGGAGCUCUCGGAGAAGGAGCGUUGGCAGCACUUAGCUGAUUUGGCCGACUUUGCCUUAGCCAUGAAAGUGACCCUGAUGAACAUUAACUACCAGUCCUUCAACAACUUCAUGCUCCGAAUAGGCAUGAAUAAAGGGGCAGUGCUGGCAGGAGUGAUCGGCGCCCGCAAACCACACUACGACAUUUGGGGAAACACGGUGAAUGUGGCCAGCAGGAUGGAGUCAACGGGUGUGAUGGGGAACAUCCAGGUGGUGGAAGAGACCCAUCUCAUCCUGAAGGAGUACGGCUUCCGCUUUAUGCGCCGGGGGGCCAUCUACGUCAAGGGCAAAGGGGAGUUGCUGACCUUCUUCCUGAAGGGCCGGGAGAAGCAGGGCUCUUUCGUUAAUGGCUCCUCAGUGACUCUUCCACACCAGGUGGUCGACAGCUCAUGAUGGAGCCGGGCUCCAUGCUCCCACUAGCAAAUGACGUCCAGAGCCUCCCACUGGCGAGAGACAAGCAGCUGAGUGCCCAGUACUCUAGAAACAAGAGUGAUAGUAACAUCUUUCAACCCAGUGUCUAGAUUUAAGAGAAACCAACCCCUGGCCUGCUCCUUUUUUCCUGGAGGUUUAUCUUAGAGGAGUCUGCUUGACUUCAGCUCCCCAUCUGCAGCAUAGCAGAAGGGAGAUAGGGGAGGGACUGAUCCGAUCCCCCUACAGCUCACACACACGCACCCUUGUGCUGAUGUGGGUCUGGCUGUUGGGAAGGUGGAAGCCUCACACAGCAUUUCAGGAGCACUCUCAAUUGCAGUAGGCUCCUGUGUACCCUGUUAGUGUAAUCGAGAGAGGCAAGUGGCAUGGAUUUAAUUUAGUGCCACAGACCCAGCCUCCACUUAGUGUUUGUUGCUAAAACAUAAAAACUCAGGGUGGGUGGUCAGAGGAAAAAUCUCUGGUGUGUGCCAGGAGAGUUAAAACAGGAGCACUUGGCUUUUCUGUUAGUUCACACAAUGCUCAUCCUUGCUCUAUGCCACCAUAGCUAGGAGAUCAGAGAGAGUGCAAUAUUUCCUUUGACUUGGAGGUAAAGAAAUAAAAACCAAUGUUGUGUAUUUCAAAUAUAUAAAUAUAUAUAUAUAAAAGAUACAGAUUGACAUUUAUAUUUUUAAUUGUGUCUGUUAGACUAUUUGCGGAUUUCUCUUUCCGAUACUGCCUUGCACUCCGCUCUCUGCUGUUGUCACCUUUGCUGUCGCUUUAAGAAAGAGAUGGACAGGUAUUGGCAAAGAACAAGACUGUUUUAUUAAAGCCUUCAUCCACUAUUCUGUUUGAAAACACACAGUGUAAUUCUUUCUCUAGUUUCUUGAAUAGAACAAGUUGAAUUUAAAAGGACAGUGAGUCCGUGUCCAGUUUGUCCUGAACACUUCCAUGCCCUGGCCUAGGCCGCUGGAUGGUUGAGUGCCUCAUGGCCUCACCCCAUGGGAGGCUCUGUGCAAACACAGCAUGGAAGGGAAAGCAAAUCCCCGCAUGAAUUUCCUAUAGUGUAAAUACAUUCUCUGAGCUGCGAAGCUACUAGGAGAGGAUAGUACAAGUACAUCUCUACUCUGAUAUAACGCGACCCAAUAUAACACAAAUUCGGAUAUAAUAUGGUAAAGCAGUGCUCCGGGAGGGCGGGCUGUACACUCCGGCGGAUCAAAUCAAGUUCGAUCUAACGCGGUUUCCCCUGUAACACGGUAAGAUCUUUUGGCUCCCGAGGACAGCGUUCUAUGGGGGUAGAGGUGUACAAUGCCUUUUCAGCAGGAGGUCAGCAAGCAGCUCACAGCAGUGAGUAGCAUUAGCCCCUUUCCAGAUGUAGAAACUAAGGGAAAGAGGCCCAAUUUUCAAAGGUAUUCAGGGGCCUAAAGAUGUGGAUUGGUGCCCAGGGGGCUUUUCAAGAGUGUGUAAGAGCUUGUCUACAUGUAAAACGCUGAAGCGCAGGGCUGACUCUCUCCUGCCGGCCUAAGUAAUCCAGCGCCCUGAGAAGAGGGAGCUAGCUCGCUGGAAGGAGGAGGCAGUUGGCCUAGCAUUGGCAACAUAGGGACUUUUAAUCCAGCUUCACUACACUGUUCAGAAGUGUGGAUUUUUUACGUGGGACUCCAUCCACUGGACCAGAGCCCUGGUGGGUUUCACUGUCAGGAACAUCACCCACUCCCAAAUUCAGUGGUGGUGUAAAUGAAGGGGUAGUUGGUCAUACUCUAAAUAGAGGCAGAAAAGGAACGUAGCUUGCCUGCUCUUGGGAGCGUGGGAAACUAGUGAAAUUUACACCCAUUUGGCAUGUCACUCUACUAUAGGUGGGUGCAGCUUUGCUGUGCUGGGGAGGGAUGACCAUUUACACCAGGUCUGAAUUUGUGCUUAAGAAUGUCAAGACCGAUGCAGCCACAAUUGAAGUGUGGGUCUUAUGCAACACUGCCUUGUACCGUCACUUAACAGCUGUGCAAAGUGGCUGUACCCACCAUCAGACCAGAGCGAGGAAGAAGACAGUUUACUUGUUAAAGAACAAGCCUAGGAGCUGGGAAACCUGGGUUCAAGUCCCUGCUCUGUCUCAGACUCGCUCUGUCUCAGACUCCCACUUUGUGCAAAUCACUUGGAGGAUCUGGGCCUAAGGUAUUUAGGCUCCUAACUCCCAGUGACUUCAAUGAUCUGGGCCUUCAGCUUGCUGAGUCUCCGUUCCCCCAGCCCCAAAACAGUGCUAGGCAGUCAGAUGGCUCACAAGGGCUGGGAAGAGCUGCUCAAGGACAAUUGUUCCUACAUGGUUCCCACACUGCAGGCUGCAGUGGCCUUGGAGAGCCUUGGUCACGCUGUCCUAGUCCCACCGCCUUGGUGGCCCUAGCAGGUUCUACAGCUGUGGCCAUUGAAAAGCGCCUGUAAUGCUGCUGGAAACAAGGAUGGACUAACAUAGCUCCCCCUCAAAUGGGCUACUGUGAAGAAAAGGAAACAGGAAUCAGCUACGACUAAGGAACAUCUAGGGGAAAAAUGAAUAAGAGUAGCAUGAUCCAGGGACUAACGGGAGCAGAAGAUGAGAUGGCUGGGCAGUGGAUGCUGGGGAGAAUGGCACCAGUGAGCAAGAAUAUAUGGAUAAGGGAGAAGGAUGAUAAGGGGAACAGGCCCCACAGCAGCAUGAGCAGGGGAGUGAGAGGAAUAAAAGAAUGGAGAGCAGUUAGUAUUUCCAAGCAAGGCAAAACACUCAUUGCAUUGGAGACUGUUAAAUGAAUUAGAGCUGUCACAUGGCAAAGUAAUAGCAUUAGAUGCCACAGGGAUAUGAUGGCACCAGGAGUGUUCAGAAGGAAUCUUUCCUUAGGUUUAGUCCCCCUUUUGGAAAAGUUUGAGCCCCUGUGCUAUGCAAUUCACACACACUCAGGAACAGACUGACUGCAUAGGUCUCCCUCUGGGCCAGGGAAAAGGCCCUUGCUGCUGUCCACUCGGCAGUUAUUAGAAACAAUGCAAACAGCCUCUGCUACCCCUCUUGCCUAUGGGUAUGUCUACAGUGCAGCAGUGUAGACAUUCAGGCUCGGGCUAGGACCCUGUGAAGUGGGAGGGUCCCAGAGCUUGGGCUGCCAACUUUCUACACCGCAAUUAAACAGCCCCUUAGCCCAACUCAGCAGGCACAAGCCAACCCCCAGGUGACUAACUGCAGUGUAGACAUACCCAAAGCAACACCAGCAGCAUUUUUAUCAUGCUAGUAGUCUGACCUCUAUGUUUCACCUAUGUCCUUACAGCGCAUCCCCCUGGUGGCAUGCAAGGACCUGCUUGCUCUUCGCUGAGGGCUGGCUGAGAUCCUGAAAGAUCUGGCUUUCUACCCUUUCCUUUAAGUGACAGCUCUAGCUUCCCUCUGAGAGGUCAAAGAGCCCUGUUGAUUAAGUGGGGGAGACGGGUGCAAGUUGGCUAGUGUUUGUGCCUGUUGCUACCUCAAGAACUGUGCUAACUGACUGAGUGACACAAAAAAAUGCACCUGCAAGACAAUAAAUGGUUUGUUGUUUCUGUAGUGUCACUCCCACCUCAUGUAUGGCUGCUCCUGGACUCCUCAGCCCAUAGUACC